AUGCCGAAUCUGCCGAUGACCACGAAGAAAUCGCAAGAGAAACGCGCGAUGCGUAAAGCAAAAUUCGUCACCGGAGACCAGUGGGACGGACCUGCAUGGAUGAAAUGGUUCCAAACAAUCAAUAUAAACUUGACAUGCGUCUCCCUGGGUCUCAUCGUUUCUCUCCUGGGUCCGACGCUCAUAGAUCUCUCGGAGAUUUUCCACACCUCGAAGCAGGAAGCUUCCCAAAUCGGAAUGGUGACCGAUAUCGGCUCGAUAGUAGGACCAUUCCUUGCGGGUUUUCUCUUCAAGAGAUUCAAUGCUCAGCUUGUGUGCAUACUCAGCGCAUUCGCGAUCGGUGCGUCGAACAUAGCGAUUCCCUUGGGGAAUCUCAACUUGGCCUACUUCUUCGGAUUCAUAUCGGGGAUCAAUCUAGUCAUCCUCGAAAAUGGAGUCUACGUUUGGCUCGUUGGCCUCUGGAAGGGAGCGCGACCACUUCUCCUGCUGUAUUCGCUGAUGUUCGGAAUCGGCGCUCUGUUCUCGCCUCUGAUUGCAAAGCCCUUCCUGAGUCCCGAACGGCGAUUGAUGACCAAUGCAACAGGAAGCCAUGAUUAUACAGGAGUAGACGGCAGCAACGAGUCUCAAGUGGUCGUGCCUUUCGCGAUCAUCGGAAGUUUCGGUGUGGUGGUGGCUUCGCUGAUGACGGUUUCGUUCUGCUUCGAUUCGAGAGACAUCCGACCCGAACGGAACGACCGUCACAAACAUUUCAGCAUCAGCGAGUGGUUCCUGACGGUUCUGGUUUCCAUUUAUCAUUUGCUGGUGGUGUUCAGCGAGACGGCAUUCAGUCGCUUCCUCGUUUUGUACGCUAUAGAGAUGUACGCGAUCCCGAAAGGCGACGCUGCCGUACUCGUCUCAUUAUUCUGGAUCGGGUUCACUGUCGUCCGUGUGAUGAUAAUUCCUCUAACUAUGAAGCUGAGAUCCGUUUGGAUCGUGCUCCUCGGCCAAGUGGUCUUUACUUCCGCCUGCUUCCUGAUGUACUCGUUCUCGGGUGACCGCAGGAUUUUCUACGCGGGUACUUUCAUGUUCGGAUUCGGUCUCGGUCCCCUCUACGGCGGAUCGCUGACGUGGCUGACUGAACACGUGACCCUUCGGCACGAGUAUCUGAGUCUCAUCCUUAUCAUGACGUGCGUCGGUUCGAUGAUGGCCGUUCCGAUCGUUAGCCCGCUGAUUGAGAGUCGACCAAUUUUCCUGGUGCAGACCCUCAACGUCUCGAGCCUGCUCAUGAUCAUGGUCUUCGCCGCUAUGGUUAUAUCGGCGAAAGUUCUUCACAAGUCGAAGCUCGCGAAAGUUUCCGGAGCCCGGCAAAAGGAUGGGGUCGAUAAUCCGACAGUCCAAGUCGUAGAUGAAGCAAUAGGCUGA